AGAAUUUUUGGAACCAUUCCAGAGAGUUAUUCAGCCAGAAGAGAUCUGGCUCUAUAAAAAUCCUUUGGUAGAAUCUGACAACAUACCUACACGCCUCAUGUUUGCAAUUUCAUUCCUGACUCCGCUGGCAGUCAUUUUUGUGGUGAAAAUCAUCCGACGGACAGACAAGACUGAAAUUAAAGAAGCUUUUUUAGCUGUUUCCUUGGCUCUUGCUUUGAAUGGAGUCUGCACAAACACUAUUAAAUUAAUAGUGGGAAGACCUCGUCCCGAUUUCUUUUACCGCUGCUUUCCAGAUGGAGAAAUGAACUCUGAAAUGCAUUGCACAGGAGAUCCAGAUGUGGUGUCAGAAGGCAGGAAAAGUUUUCCUAGCAUCCACUCUUCCUUUGCAUUUUCAGGUCUCGGCUUUACCACCUUCUAUUUAGCUGGGAAGUUGCACUGCUUCACCGAUAAAGGCCGGGGGAAAAGCUGGCGGCUCUGCGCAGCAAUUCUACCUCUGUACUGCGCCAUGAUGAUAGCUCUAUCACGAAUGUGUGAUUACAAGCAUCACUGGCAAGAUGCUUUUGUUGGCGGGGUCAUUGGCCUCAUAUUUGCUUACAUUUGCUACAGACAACACUACCCUCCUCUGAGUAGCCUGGCUUGUCACAAGCCCUAUGCCAGCCUUCUGGUUCAGACAUCACUGAAGAAAGAAGAAACAUCUGCAGUGGAUAAUGCUACCAGCCUGCCUCUAGAAGGGAUCACGGAAGGUCCAGUAUGACUAAUACACCUGCAGGAUGGACUUUUAGCUCUUUCAUACAUUCCGCCGAUCCAAACUGGUCUCUCUGCAUAAUAGUAUCUCUCAGCAGCUAUGUGGGGCUGACAGAAUGGAAGAGAAUGGCUUAUCCAAGGACACCCACUGAAACUGUGGCUGAUCUGGAAUGUGGGCCAGUUUC